AUGAAUCCAAUUCUCAUCACCAUCUUGGUUUCAGUUUGCAUUCCGAUGGUUAUCCCCGUUUUCUUCGCACUGGCUGUUUUUGCACACCAAGAACUCAGGAACUGGGAGGAACCCAAAAACAAGUGCUGGGAGUCGUUGGUGACAGCGCCUUGGGUGGCGACAAACAGCCUGUCGUGUGGAGUUUUUGGGGUGAUUGCUGUGGCGGCUUCUUUUGCUAUUUCUUUCAUGUUCCAUGAAACAUUCCUCGUCUGCUACAGUGGACUCCCCGACAAUGCAUACUCCACCAUGCUGCUGUUUGUCAUUACAAUAUAUUAUCCUUACUCUCUAGCUGUGCGAGCUCUUUUCGUUGGCAAAGCGUUCAUCUGGCGCACAGUUGGCGCUGGGUGGGUUUCAGGGUUCUUCACAGCCAUUGUGCAGUGGCACUGGAACAAUGGACACUUUGCCAAUCCUCCACAACUCCACGAUCCUUGA